AUGGUUGGUAAGCCAAUUGUCCCUGCUCCCACGUUCAUUCUUACCACCACCUGCAGUUGGCGAACUGCUGCUCAUGACGCGCAGUUGCAGGUGCUGACGCGUGAUUUCAGUACCACGCACACUGCCGCGGCCCCACUGCAGAUGACUUGGCACAGACUCCAGCAGCAGGGCGCGCAUUUGCUUCUCCUGUCGCGCGGCCGCUUCUCCUUUCGCGCUGCUGUUGGUGCGCGACCUCCUCCUGCCACUGCAGACGACCUGUCGCUCCUGCAGCGUUCGCAGCGUCUUGCGCAUGACUGCUCCGCCCUCAUUCGGCGAUUUGCCCUUGCGUCAGCAGUCGCUGACGACCUGGCGCGAGUCUGCUGCUGCAUCGGCGGCGGCCACCUGCUCUUGCAACUCGACGUCUGCAGCACCUGCUGCUCCUGGCGCGGGUCAGCUGCGGCUAGUGAUGCACUGGAACAGCGCCAGCAGCGCCUGGCGUGCGGCAGCAGCACCACCAGCUCGUGGCAGGCGGCAGCAGCACCAUCGCCCGGCAGCACGGCGGCAGCUCCUUGUGGCACACGGCUGCACCUGCGUGCCUUCUCCGUCGUGACUAGGUGGCGCACAGCAGCAGUAGCAGCAGCAGCAGCAGCUCCUGGCGCCCUGCACUAG